UGAAAAUGCGCCGUCGAAUGUCGCCAUAGUUUUUUUGUGACAUGUGAUACUUGGCUGGACUUUGGAAAUCAUUUCUCACUGAAAAGCUGAUACCAUUUCAUAGUUCUGGUUGUGCUAGUUUCAUUUGGAUUUAGUAAUUUCCACCCACAGCCUCGUUUCGUGCCAAUAACUGUAUCGCAUGGGCAAAUGCUCAAGUAGUGCAAAUUAACGACUCUGCUCGAGGAAGUGAAAGAAAUUUAAUUAUAUCUACCAGGAAGUUAUCCAACCUUAAACUCCUCUUGGGAAAGACGUUUUGAAGCAAUAGAGAAGGAGAGUGUAUGCACCAUUUACAACUUUAGUGAAAUAUAGGCUCGCCAGACGACGACGACAACGGGCAGCGAGAGAGAACCCCUGCUUUGAUGCAUAUUAUUGCAAACACACGCCGCAACGAUGUUGGGCUAUCUCGCUUCAUCAUUGUUAGUUAUAAGCACCAUCUACUGGAUCGAUCCCAGUAGCGCCGGGCCGCUCGACGCCCUGAGCUGGGCCCGUAUGGAUAACAUCAAUCUACCUUGGUUGCCAUAUGAAAACAUGACCCGUUGCUACGGGGAGCUGGGCUGUCUGAACAUCACCAAAGAAUGGUACCACCUGAUCUUCCGACCGUUCAACGUGUUCCCACUGCCACGGAGUGUGAUCAACACCCGGUUCAUUCUGUACACGGAGAAGAACCCAACGGAUGGCCAGCUGCUCCAGGCCGAAACGAAGGAGACCAUCAUGAAGAGCCAGUUCCGCUCCGAAUGGGACACCAAGUUCAUCAUCCACGGGUUUAUUGAUACCCCGCUGUCCAACUGGGUGUCGGAAAUGCGCGACGAACUGAUCACGCGCGGUGGUCUCAACGUGAUAGUUGUGGACUGGGCCGGUGGAUCACUGCCUCUCUACACGCAAGCCACGGCAAACACUAGACUGGUAGGAUUAGAGAUAGCGUAUCUGAUCAAGAAAUUGGCGGAAUACAAAGGACUCAGACCGGAAGACGUUCAUCUCAUUGGGCACUCAUUGGGUGCACAUACUGCAGGGUACGCUGCCGAAAGAAUUCCAGGUUUGGGAAGAAUCACAGGGCUAGAUCCAGCUGAACCAUAUUUCCAGGGGAUGGACCCAAUUGUAAGGCUUGACCCUUCGGACGCCGCUCUGGUGGACGUGAUCCAUACGGAUGGUCGUAGUGUGUUCCGGCUGGAAAUACCGGGGUACGGAAUGUCCCACACAUGCGGACAUUUGGACUUCUAUCCGAAUAACGGUAAAGAACAACCGGGCUGUGCCCUCUCGCAAGAAGGAGCUGCCACCAUUCCGCUAACGCUGAUCAAAGACGGUAUAGAGGAGGCGUCCCGCGUUCUCCUAGCUUGUAAUCACAUUAGAGCCAUUAAAUUAUUUAUCGAUAGUAUUAACGGAAAAUGUCCGUAUGUAGCCCAUCGCUGCCCUUCCUAUCAGCACUUCCUGAGUGGGAACUGCUUCAAAUGCACUUCCGGAAACUGCGCCCUGAUGGGCUACCAUGCGUCGCUUCCAAUCACAACCACCAAACAGAACAUUUCAGAGAACGAUAUUGCCGUCGGCUCAUCGAUCCCGGUGGCACCCCAACCGGGCAAGUACUUCCUAGCUACAGGACGCGAUUUCCCCUUUUGUCAGCGUCACUACCGGUUCACGAUCGAGCUUGCCAAGCCAAAAUCGGCCGAACAGUGGGUCCAGGGUCACCUAACGGCGGGAAUUUUCUCCGAGCGAGGAGCGAUCCGAAGUAUGGAUCUCACGCCGAAGGGUACGGCGCGGUUCGAGCACGGAACCGUCUACCAGGUAGUGGUGACCAAUCCACACGAUCUGGGCGAUCGCAUUCGAAAGGUGGAAUUGUCCUGGGCGCACGACAUGAACGUGUUAGAGCCGACCACGCUGUGCCUAUUUUGGUGCAACAAUCACCUCUACGUCAAAUCGAUUCAGGUCGAAACUAUGCAGAUGCCAUCUCGAGAGAAGCGCAACACCGAAUAUUCAAACAAGCUGUGCGCUCCGAAGCGCGAGUUUGCCGACAUUGCCAGCCGUGGUUCGUACUCUUUCUACGACAACUGUAAACGAUGAAACGGAAGUUUUACUGGUUUUGCUGAUACCGUUGAAAUACUCUCGUGAAGUUUGAGCGUUAUACAUAGCUAGAGAAACCUAUCGACGCUUUCCCCGAUUAGAACCCGUUGCAGCAGAGAUACAUAUAUGGAAGAAUUCAAUGUUGCUGUUGUACCGAUCGGUUAUCCAUAAUGAUUAUUUUUUUAUCGAUCCAGAGGCACAGUUAUCGAAAUUCUUAUUCAGCUUAAACAGUUCGUACAAAAUGUGUUUCCGUCUAAUCGUAGAAUUUCAUGUCGUAGGAGAAAAAGCUUCAUAUGUGAUUUUAAGUGCGUUUAUAUACUUUUUCCUCUGAAUUGAAUGGCUGAUGCAAUUGAAUGAAUGGACAGAAACGUGACAGGCAUGAUUGAAUUUUGAAUGAAUGCAGAUUUGUUGAGAAAGGAAAGUCAUUUAUUUUUGUCUAGUUAAGAAUCGAAUACAAGUACCAUAAAACCACGUGUUCCCUACAAGCAUAUUCAAUUGUACAAAUUUCUUCAUAGAACAAUUUAAACAAAAACGUAACUAUUUCCCGCGUGCUUUUAUCAUACUUUGUAAACAAACGGUUGAUUAUUUAGAAGUUAUAAGAAUAUUUCUAUGAAAUUUAUUUACUCCAUUGUCUUGAAACUUGAAAAAUUUACCUGUUGUUAUGGUUAAAUUUUCAUUUCUAAAUUCUUAGCUUUUACUGUUUCUGUAGAGAAGAAAAUUAUUCUUGAUCCUGUCUAGUGGAAUGUCCUCAACUGUCCAUAAGACGAAUUAGAGCUUUCACACUGAAUUCCAUUACUGGAUUAUGAACCAGCAAUCAGCAUCAUAUAGCUAAAUGGUAAGGCCGGCAUUAAUGUGUCGAAUUUGACUCAACCAAGUACGAUGCAUAGAAGAUGGUCUUUAAAGUCAAACAACGUGUCAGUAGAAUAACAAUCCGGUAAUGGAAUUAUAUGGAAAGUAACAACUCAUCUUAUUGAAAGGCUGUUUCUAUAGUUGCGAGGUGAUAGUAAUGAAAGCUUUCAACAACAACUUUGAAGUUUGAUUAUGCAUAACAAAAUUUAUUUGCGAUCUACUUUAUAAAAUCAGACACUUUUCUACAUUCCUUAGAAUAAACGCUAAGAUAUGUGAUACAUUCUUCAAAUAAAUUAUAAAAUCAGA